AGUUUUGUAACAUCAAGCCAUCAUGUCAGCUUCUUGGCAUAAACAAACCAGGACUAGCAGGGGACCGAUUGGAAGCACUUUCAGGCCGGGCCAGAGACAGGGCCAGAGAAGCAUCCAUCCAUCUAUCCAUCCGCGGUAAAGGGCUCCAAAAAUUGGACAGUCAGUACCAAUCCAAAUCGAGAGCGAUCGUGGUGCAUCAAGCAAAACAGAACAAUGGCGGGAAAAGAGCGCGGUGAGAGAGCUGCAAUACUUGGCAGCACGCCAUCUGGCGGAUACCAUGGCAAUGUGCAGGUCAAAGUCAACUACGACCUGGCUCUGAAGUACCUGGGAGGAUUCGGUCCCUGGCAGCGGAGGGUAUUCGUCCUGGCUUGUCUGCCAAUUGCGAUCAUAGCCUUCCAUUUAUUUGUUAUCGUCUUCCUUGCCGUGGAGCCCGACUUCCACUGCCGGGUGCCGCAGGACAGCUUCUCGGGGCUGAACGCGACCCCAGCCGAGCUGCUGAACGUUACCAUCCCCUGGGAGCUGAAGGACGGGGAGUGGACACGGAGUCAGUGCAAACGUGGAACCUUGUCUGCGACAACAGUUGGAAGGUGAACCUGGCCAAGUCUCUCUGGUUUGCCGGUUAUAUGGUUGGAGCGGUUUCCGGCGGACACGCAGCUC